UUUUAAUUUUUCUGUCAAUAAUUUAGUUGUCAUUCUGUCGUGACAGAGGUGGGGUGUACGACUCGAAACAAAUAUUUUAUUUCGAUUUAAAUAACGCGCGAUUUAAAUAAUAUUAAAAUUAAAAUGCCUGUUGAACUAGAGUACGAUUAUGAGUCUGUGACGGCAUCAAUGGAUAUAUUUUCUGAGGAUGAUAUAAAUUCACUUAGGCAGUGGACUCAAAAUUUAGAUAAAUCAAAAUAUGUGCCGAAAGAUUUAACAAACAAACAGUUGGUGUUAUUUUAUAAUGCUUGUUACGGAGAUCUUGAUAGGACGAAAGUGUGCAUAGAAAAAUAUUAUUCGUGCCGAAAAAAUGCUCCAGAAUUUUUUGACAAUCGCCGUACUACUACCACUGAAAUAGUUCCUGUGAUCGAUGCAUUGGAGUUCGCAUUGUUGCCUGGCAAGUCUUGCGAGGGCUAUGACAUCAUCUACCACCGUUUACACCACACGGAGCCGUCCAAAUAUAACUUUGAUCUUGGCGUCAAACUGCUCUUCAUGACGAUCGACAUGUACUUGAGCAAAAGAGGACCACAACCAGGCUUGAUGUUUCUGUUCGACAUGAGAGGUGUGAAGCUCGGCCAUAUCACACGAUGUGGACUGACGGGUUUCCGUAAGUUCUUCACCUACAUCCAGGAGGCGAUGCCGGUGCGCAUGCGCGCGAUUCACGUGCUCAACACAGAACCCAUACUGGAUAAACUGCUGCUAGUCAUCAGGCCGUUCAUGGAGAAGAAGUUCUACGACAUGCUCCACUUCCACCACAAGGACGAAGACAUGGAGAAGUUCUUCUCCACUGUGGUAUCGAGAUCAACUGUGCCUUCUGACAACGGCGGAACUCUGCCCGACACUCAGACCUUAAACAAGAGGUGCAUACAGAAUCUCCACGCGAUGGAGGACUAUUUCAAGGCAGAAGAGGAGCAAAGAAUUGCAGCGUUACCCGAUAAGAAGCGAGACAAAGCUAUGGAGAAGGCAUUCAAAAACUUGGACAUAGAUUAAGUUGUUGCAGACGAUCCAGCUGUAAGUCAAAUUAGUUGUGAGAGAGUAUUAAUAAAUAUAGAUUAUGUGUUGAACAAAUUCGCCGCUAUUAAGAUAUGAAUUAGCGUCUUCUAGCAAGCCAGGUUAGUUGCUAGUCUAUCAAGUAGAGGUGUAAUUAGCGUCGUUGGAAGCGACCUCACACUAAUAUAGACCUUCCAUUAGAGCGGGCUUCGCAACAAAAAGUACUAACACUAAAAGACCUUUAAC